AGGUAGAAUUAAUUCGCACGGACACGUUACCAUUGUAGUCCCUUGUUUUGCUGGUGUACUGUGUUGCGCUUUCGAAUUAUUUUUGUGCAAUUCCAUCGUUCCCUCAUCGUCGUGAUGUUUCACGGCAGGAUGACGGAAACCCGUGAUUUCUGAGGAAUAGACCCUUUCUUCCUCAUCCAUUCAUUCCUCGGACCCGGUGAAAACUUGAUCUCGCCGCGGAUUCUUCGAAAUUUCCUUCUAUUCUGCUCAGAUCCACGGUGAAUUUGGAACUGGGUUCUCAUCAAAUUCCUGGAUUCAUCAAAAUUUUCGUGCAUUCCAAGCAUCUGUGAUACAAGAGAAUUCCAAAAACAGGACGCCAGUCACGAGGAAACUGUUUUCUAGUGGAAGAGUCGCACAUUUGGUCACUGGUCGUGGUUGUGGUUUCCAAGCUUUUGGUCAGUGUUGGGGUAACUGGAAACAAACAUCACAACAAUGGGUGGGAAAAUCAUUGAUCGUCUCAUGCGACGUAAGUACAUCAGUUCCGGGGAAUUGGCGGAGUCUUCGCUGAAGAGGACACUUACUACUCUGGAUCUGACUGCACUUGGCAUCGGGAGCACCUUAGGAGUGGGUGUGUAUGUGCUGGCUGGAGAUGUGGCCAAAAACUCUGCUGGACCUUCUGUUGUGCUGAGCUUUGCGAUUGCUGCUAUUGCAUCUGUGUUUGCUGGGUUGUGUUAUGCUGAAUUUGGUGCCCGGGUACCUCGAGCUGGUUCAGCGUACGUCUACAGUUAUGUUUGCGUCGGAGAGCUUAUUGCAUUCAUCAUUGGUUGGAAUUUGAUUCUGGAAUAUGUGAUUGGCACUGCAAGUGUUGCAAGAGGAUACAGUAAUUACUUGGACUCUCUAUUUGACAAAAAAAUGCAAUCAGCAUUUCGUAAUAUCACUCCAAUUCACGACUGGCUUGACAGCCCAACUGCUUCUGAAUACCUGUCUUCUUACUUCGACUUUUUUGCCCUCGGGAUUUGCAUCCUGUUGUCAUUGCUGCUAUCUUUUGGGGUGAAGGAGUCUUCCAAGUUCAACAAUGUGUUCACUGUUUUGAACUUGUUGGUUGUCGUUUAUGUCAUCAUCAUUGGAAGCUUCAAAGCGGACAUCAAGAACUGGCAAAUUGAACCUGAAGAAGUUGAAAAUUCUGGUAACUAUAAUGUUGGAGACGGAGGUUUCUUUCCUUUUGGAAUCAAUGGAAUGUUGUCCGGUGCUGCAACUUGUUUCUAUGGGUUCAUUGGAUUCGAUGCUGUUGCUACAACUGGUGAAGAAACCAAGAAUCCACAGAGAUCAAUUCCAAUUGCAAUCGUGGUGUCGCUGACAUUCAUUUUCCUGGCUUACUUUGGGAUCUCCACGGUACUGACCAUGAUGUGGCCCUACUAUGACCAGGAUCCCAAUUCCCCGUUGCCUACAGUGUUCGAGGCUAUUGGUUGGCCUUCUGCAAAAUGGAUUGUGUCCAUUGGCGCUUUAUUUGGACUAUCAACUAGUUUGUUGGGAGCAAUGUUUCCUCUUCCAAGGGUUGUCUAUGCUAUGGCCAAGGAUGGUCUAAUUUUCCGAUUUCUUGCCAAAGUUCAUUCCAAGUACCAAACCCCCAUGCUUGCAACCCUGCUUUCUGGAACCUUCGGAGGAAUCCUGGCGGCAAUUUUCGACCUUAAUGCAUUGGUGGACAUGAUGUCGAUUGGAACUUUGUUGGCUUACACUCUGGUCGCCCAUGUGGAUCAAUAUUUACUUGAUGAUGAAGCUCUCGGACAAAACCUGGAUUCGCUUUUCUGUCUGGAUGACACUAGGAAGUUCUUGGAUAGUCUGGUGCGACGCAAGUACAUGAACCCCGAUGAAAUGGUGGAAACUUCGUUGAAGAGAACACUCAAUGCGCUGGAUCUGACUUUGUUGGGGAUCGGAAGUACGUUAGGAGUGGGUGUUUAUGUGCUGGCUGGAGAUGUGGCUAAAAACACGGCGGGACCCUCUGUUGUGCUGAGCUUUGCCAUUGCUGCGAUUGCGUCGGUGUUCGCGGGGUUUUGUUACGCUGAAUUUGGUGCUCGGGUGCCACGAGCUGGUUCUGCGUACAUUUACAGUUACGUCUGUGUCGGUGAGUUCAUUGCGUUCAUCAUUGGAUGGACUUUGAUCCUGGAAUACAUGAUUGGUACUGCGAGUGUUGCGAGAGGAUACAGUAAUUACUUGGACGCUCUGUUCAACAAGAAAAUGCAAGCGGCCUUUCAUGAAAUCACUCCAAUUCACGAGUGGAUCGAUAACCCGACAGUCGCUGAAUACCUCUCCCCUUACUUGGACUUCUUCGCCUUUGCGAUUUGCGUAUUCUUGACUUUGCUGCUAUGUUUCGGCGUGAAGGAAUCGUCCAAGUUCAAUAGCGUGUUUACUUGCUUGAACUUGUUGGUAGUCGUUUACGUCGUCAUUAUAGGAAGCAUCAACGCAAAAGUCAAGAACUGGCAAAUCAAGCCUGAGGAAGUUCAAAAUCCUGGGAAUAAGUUGGAUAUUGGCGACGGAGGUUUCUUCCCUUUCGGGAUCAAUGGAAUGUUGUCUGGUGCAGCAACUUGUUUCUACGGGUUUAUUGGAUUUGAUUGUGUUGCUACGACAGGUGAAGAAACCAAGAAUCCGCAAAGGGCAAUUCCUAUUGCAAUUGUGGUAUCCCUGACAUUCAUCUUCUUGGCCUACUUUGGGGUCUCCACUGUACUGACCAUGAUGUGGCCUUACUAUGACCAGGAUCCCUAUUCUCCCUUGCCUACUGUAUUUGAGGCUAUUGGUUGGUCUUCUGCAAAGUGGGUUGUGUCAAUUGGUGCUUUAUUUGGCCUAUCAACAAGUUUGUUGGGAACUAUGUUCCCCCUUCCAAGGGUUGUCUAUGCAAUGGCAAAUGACGGACUGAUUUUCCGGUGCUUUUCCAAAGUCAAUGCCAGGUUUAAAACCCCGGUGAUAGCAACUCUAGUUUCUGGAACAUGCGGAGGAAUCCUAGCUGCGAUUUUUGAACUUAGCUCGUUGGUGGACAUGAUGUCGAUUGGAACUUUGUUGGCUUACACUCUGGUCGCCAUGUGUGUCUUGAUUUUGAGUAAGGAAGAGGUGUAUUAUUCAAAAAUAUCAUCUUCAACAGGAGUGUGCUUCAUUGGAGUCAAUGGCAUACUCAUCUUCCAGGAGGAUUCAAUUAGUGGAAAAAGUGAUGCAAAAUGGCCCAUUGUGCUUCUGGUCAUUUUUAUCCUGAUGUCUUUAAUCACAGUUGUUAUAAUUUCUCGCCAGCCGAUGAAUAAGCACAAACUACACUUCAAGGUCCCAUUGGUGCCAUUUUUGCCUGCUGUGAGCAUAUGGAUCAAUAUUUACUUAAUGAUGAAAUUAUCAGAUAAAACCUGGAUCCGCUUCUCUGUCUGGAUGAUACUUGGUGAGUGUGACUGCAUUGAUCUUAUCUCUAAGAUUAGCUUAAAGAUGGCAAUGAUUUGA